GCGGUACGCGCACUAUAUCUGCCGCCCAGAGAGCCAGAAUUAAUCAGAGAAUGAUACGCAGUACGCGUGCUCACUACGCAGACCUCCAAGGGUCUGGAGGGGUGCUUGUGCAACAUCUCGGACGUCGCCGUAACGAGCAGCCACCGCAGCUACCGGAAACUACGCGCGCUAUCGGUGUAAUCGGAAACCUGUUAUUGCGGAACCAGCAACUAGCAUUUGAACGGGCGCAGGAAUUUGUGCGGAGCGGCACACUGGGCUAUUGUCUCGACACGUUUGCAUCCUAUGACAAGAGUCGUCUGGCUGCGAACUACAGAAGAGGGCACCAACAUCCUAGUGUCACGCCAUCUUCCGGCGUUUCACCUGCGGGUUCACCGGCUGCCAUCGAAGACGGCCGCCAAAAUGAAACACCAUACCCGACACCCUACGGGGCAGCUCCGCGGCCAUGGGAUGCACUGACUCCACUUGGAACUAGAAAUAUCGUUGCAGCAAGUAGACUUGAUAACAACUACAAUCAAGGGGGAAUGGGGACGAGUAACAAGUUCGGGCUAGCAGGGGUAGCACUAGACGGGCCACCAACACCAACUAGUCUUCAACUUCCUUCCUCGGCCUUCGACGUCCCAUUGCCUCCGGCUGUAGCCCAACAGGUAACGCACCGCCGAUUUCUGAUUUGCAUCCCCAACGACGCAGAGAACUACGUAAUAGGCAAUAGUCUGCGGGCUGCGCUAGUGGAUGCGGGUAACAUGGAUCCCUUCGCUGGAGGUGACAACGUGUCGGAAGUUCUUUCAGUGCCAGUAUCAAACGCACUGGAUCACGGUAUGGAUCAGGCUACUUUUGACGGUCUCCACAGUACUGGUGGGGGCAGGUCACCCGGAGAGACGGAGCAGGACUCCAGCAUUCAGUACGUGGCGCAGACCUUUUUCAGGACCGCGAAGAUGAACCGGCGAGCGAGCGCGGUAUUUUUGCGUCGAAAGCGCGAGAACACAGUAGCGCAGCAGGACUACAGCAGAAGUACGGGAUUGCUCAGACGAAGUAGCACGGUUGGAGACGGGAGUGGAACAGGAUCACCUGCAGUCGUCGGCAAAAGCGACGUCAUCGGCUACGUGAUCCCUGAAGCCUUGGAUCCAGCACAGCUGCUGCUUGUGGAAACACUGCCACCGCUACCUAUCGCUGUUUGCAGGCAGUUAGCAGACUUGGUGAACGCAACAGAAGCUAAAGCUUUGAAAAUUUUCUACGUUUUGGCCAGUGAGAACGUCCCAGACCUGAUCCAAAACGAUUACUUGGACAGCGACUACGACGACUUUCAAAUGCGCAAUAGCUCAGCAACUGCAGCAGACGGCAAUACCAACAGGACCUCGACAAUGGCGGCGGGAGGUGCAUUUUCAUUCAACUAUGGAGGACCAGGCACUACUCAUCAUGACAUUUUUGACGGGGCAACAUCACUGGAGCACAAUGAGCGAAUCGUGAAAUUGAUUAAUUAUCGUCUCCGCGUGAGCGUCCUGACUGGAUUACAAGCGGUGGUUCGUGAGUGGGAUAGCAAUCGCGGUUUCGAUCAUAUGACAGAUUUGUGGGGCGGUGAAUCAGCACAAGAAGGUACAGCUUUCUCGUGGGAAGACGACGUGUAUAACACAGCUGGAGGUGCGUCACCAGCCUUAUCGGCACAACUAGGCGCACCUGAGGCAGGCGCGAGAAAGCAGGGCGGAGGCACUCGAACACCGCUUGACAGACUUCUAGCCGCUGCUGCCUCAACAGGAAGCAACGACCGAAGUGGCAGUGCUAAAACAACUAGCGCACGUGCAGUUUCUGGAGCAGGGGGGACGGCGAUUGAUCCGAAUCUUCAAGAUGCUAGCAGCAUGGCCCUAGAUGUAGGCUGCUGUGGAAUUUUAGAACCUGGACACAGCCAGGCUAACAUUGCAGCUGAAGCGAUCAGCGAUUGCGUUUUCGGAAGGAACGAGUUCUAUCAAAUCAAGACGAGCACGGCUACUGCUACUAGUAGUAACGUUGAAAAUGCUGGUGCUCGUGGUGACCGAUCCGCUGCGCAAGUCCAACUGAUGGAGCAAAGACGUCUGCUUUUCUCGGUUGCACCCGAACUAAGAGAGGUUCCUUUGCGCUGGUGGGUCAUUCAGCGGUUCCAAGAGGUGUUUUUUCAUAGCCUACCGACUUCAAAUCUGACGCACGACCUUUCAGGUCGCUUGUUCUUCCCGUACGACCAGGGCUACGUCAAGCGCGCGUGGCAUCAAGCUUUGCAGCAGAUCUGGCUUGACACGGAAAGGAUGGCACGGAAUCAGCAGAGUGCCCCAUUCGAAUUCGGGAGAGACGAAACGUACCCUGCGGUACUGCGCAACCUACCGAUCGUGUUCGGGCAUAAAGCCAUUCUCCGCUUGUUCGACCAUGCUCUGGUGCCGACGGCGGAAUUAGCACCAGCCGAGGGCGCGCCACAAGACCUCACAGAUUUCCUCUUGGCGGAGCGUGAGCCACUACUUGGCGCAAGCAGAGACGAACAGGGAGUACACCUUGCUGGCCGUGUGAGCAAAGCAGGUGCAUCUGCAUCUGUGUUUGAUCUCCAACAUGGUAGACAUGAAUUUCUUCAUGUGAAUCCAGCAGCAACGCAAGGGACGUCCUCAAGAAGCGGAAGUAAACAGCUUAGCACGACGCCAGGUCAAUCAAGAAUAGCUGGAACGCCAGGAGGACUAGCGGCUCCUUCUCCUGCCGCGCCAGGAAUGGGAUUUUUGAAGCAACCGCCCAGUGUCACUUUCGGCUUCCAGGAUUCGCAGUCAAUUCUGCCCUCAGGGCAUGAGCAAAGGGUUGUUGCAACUGGCAGGACAGCAGGUGGGAGACUGGGUUCAACAAAACCAGGAGCAGGAGGGCUUUCUUCUACGAGUAAUAAUCAUACACGACCGCUUCAAGAUCAAGACGGACGAAUGCUGCCUUUAGAACAGCAGCACAACACAACCACAACAGUAGCAAGUGUAGGAACGAGACACGACUUGGCAGAGAGUCUUUUGCUUCCUACGUUUCUCGAUCCCACCAGAGGCGCGCAACCGCAGCCUCCACAAGAUCAUUUUGGAAGAGAGUCCCACCAACGCGGAGUCCUUGCACAGCAACUGCAGGAUCACGGUAGCGGUGUCCAUCCUGGAUUUUCUUCGUCUGCCGCUGGAGGCGGUGUAAAGCGUAGUCGACCAGAAUGGAGCGCUGACUUUCGGGAUCCUCACAGUUCUCCCGAAUCCUGGUGGAACUUAGCGCUGCGGCAGAUCGAACGCCGAAUCCCGUUGUCGCAUACGAUCUCGUUUUGUGAAGACCAUUCAAUUCAGCCGAAAUUUUGGGACCGCAAUGCGAUGUAUCGGCAUUCGGCACCCCGCCACGACUGGCUCACGGGCCGAAAAACCGACCCGGAACAACGUGCGGCCACGGCAAGCGUUCACGCGUUGCUAGAGCAGAUUGACCGAGACAUGGACGCACUUGCGAGGAAAAGGGCGGCUAGGAAGAAAUGA